AUGGGUAUUUCCAGAGACUCCCGUCACAAGCGUUCCGCUUCGGGCGCCAAGCGUGCCUACUACCGGAAGAAGCGCGCUUUCGAGCUUGGCCGCCAGCCUGCCAACACCCGUAUUGGUGCCAAGCGUGUCCACGUCGUCCGCACCCGCGGCGGCAACCACAAGUACCGUGCCCUCCGCCUCGACUCCGGUAACUUCGCCUGGGCCUCGGAGGGAUGCACCCGCAAGACCCGUGUCAUCGGUGUCGCCUACCACCCUUCCAACAACGAGCUGGUCCGCACCAACACCCUGACCAAGUCCGCCGUCGUCCAGAUCGAUGCCGCUCCUUUCCGUCAGUGGUACGAGGCCCACUACGGCCAGAGCAUCGGCCGGAGACGCCAGCAGAAGCAGGGCAAGGAGGCCGCUGAGGAGGUCAAGAAGAGCAAGUCGGUCGAGAAGAAGCAGGCCGCCCGCUACGCCGCCGAGGGCAAGGUCGAGGGUGCCAUCGAGAAGCAGUUCGAGGCCGGUCGUCUGUAUGCCGUUGUCUCCAGCAGGCCCGGCCAGUCCGGCCGCUGCGACGGUUACAUCCUGGAGGGCGAGGAGCUUGCCUUCUACCAGCGCAAGCUGCACAAGUAG